GUUUCAGCAGACGUUCACUAGCACAUCAUAAGGCGAUACUCCCGCUCCGCAAAUAUAAUUAAGUUGUAAUUUAAAUGAUAAUGUCUGCCUUAUAAAACGAGACGUUUACAACAUUGAGACGCAAUUUUAAUAAAUUCUGGUUUUAAAUAGUAAACAAGUGUCAUAAAAAGUGUAUUCAAGUGAGCUUCUGUAUGAAGAUGGUGUACGUAGAGGGGCUGACGGCGAACACCGUUAAUCGAAUUGAAUCAUGUGGUUCGAAGCAGGCGUCGUACGUGGAUUCGGAGGUGGAGGACGUGGGUCCUUGCAGCGUGUGUGGGGCGGGUGCUGGUGAGGCAGAUAGUGGAGGUAGUGGGGGCGGUGCGGGGCUGUGGCGCGAGGUGGCAGCGGAGGUGUGCGGUACGGCACUGUUGGUGCUGCUGACGUGCCUGUCAAGCUGCGCCGCCGAGCCGCCAUUGCACACUGCACUCGCCGCUGGACUCGUCGUUGCCACUCUCGUGCAGUGCCUGGACCACAUCUCGGGCGCGAUGAUAAACCCAACGGUGACGCUGGCGGCGGUGGUGGCAGGGCGGCUGAGCGGGGCGCGCGGCGCGCUGUACGCGCUGGCGCAGGCGGGCGGCGCGGCGGCGGGCGGCGCGCUUCUGCGUGCCCUUGCGCCACGUGCCGCCGCUUGCUGUCGCACUUGCCCCGCACCGCACGUCUCGCUCGCACAGGCGGUGUGCGUGGAGGCCGCACUAGGAGCGGUGCUGGCGCUGUGCAACUGCGCGGCAUGGGACGCGCGCAACCGCCGCCUGCUCGACUCCUGGCCGCUACGCGUUGGGCUCACCGUCACCGCCCUCUCGCUCGCAGCGGGCGAGCUUACGGGUGCCAGCAUGAACCCGGUGCGCAGCCUCGCGCCCGCACUCUACAGCGGGGACUGGACUGCGCAGUGGGUGUACUGCGUAGGCCCACCGUUGGGCGCGCUGUGCGCUACAGCGCUGUACCGCUGCGUGUGGUGCGCCCCACCAGCCGCAAUCCCACGUGGUUCCGCGAUACUUCGAGCCACACCUGCGCACACACACCGUCCCUAGUACCUACCACCCAAACUGCUGCUGUCUGUCUGGCCGGAAGUGUAACCUGAGCUAUAUCAUAGAUCAUAAUACAAUGUGUAAAUUUUUUAAAAGAAUAGGGGUAAAAAACGAGCGCACAGUUCACCUGAUGGUAAGUGGAUACUGUGGCCCAUAGAAUUAAAAUGCAGAUGCCUUUUUUCCAGUAAAAAGGCAGUUUCCAGUUGAAAUGGCAAAAACUAGAUUAAAAUGGCAAAAAAUAAAAAUGGUGAUUUGAGCCAUACGAUUAUGCCGAACAUGGCAUAAUCGUAUGUGUAAAAUGUGUUUUGUUUUAGUUAUUUUUGUCUUGUUACGCUAAAGAAGUAUAACUUCUUACGUGCGUACAUAAGUACAUACACACGUUUAUUUUUAUUUACCGCUGGUUCGGAAAAUACUUCUGGGAAGAACCAGCAAGAAACCCAGCGGGACUUUUUUUAAACAUAUUUCACUUUCCAAUAAUUUUGUAAAUAUCAUCAUAAAUCAGCAUUAUCGUUACAGCCUUCCACUGCUGAACAUAGGCCUCCCCCAACUAAUGCCACAAAGCACGGUCCUGAGCCACCUGCAUCCAUCGACUUCCUGCAUGUCUUAUCAGAUCGUCAUCUAAUGGGGGGUCGCCCUACACUUCGCCUACUGGUACGAGGCUGCCACUCAAAAACCUUUCUCUCACAUCGGUUGUCAGUUCUUUGAGCUAUAUGGCCGGCCCAUUGCCACUUAUGCUUGCUAAUCCGUUGGGCUAUGUUGGUCACUGUGGUUCUACUGUGGAUAUCCUCAUUUCUAAGUGUAUCACGCAGAGACACCCCGAGCAUAGCCCUCUCCAUUACCCGCUGAGUGACCUUGAGUUUCUUCAUACGGCCAGCAGUGAAGGAACUCGUAUCAGACCUAUAGGUCAUCACUGGCAAUCUCGUUUUCAAGUUUUGAGGUGUACCUGACGAGAAGAUGUGCCAUAUUUUCCCGAACGCUGCCCUGCCGAGUUGAAUCUCUCGAUUGACCUCUCGGUCGAAGUUGGACUUACCUAGUCGGACUAUUUGUCCCAGGUAAACAUACUCGUCAACAACUUCGAGCUUAGUGCUCCCAACAACUACCGGCAUAGGUGUGACAUAGACGCUACACAUUAUCUUUGUUUUGUCCAUGUUCAUCUUAAGUCCUAUCCGUUGGGGGGCACUAUUGAGGCCAUUGAGGAUAGUGCUUAGGUCCUACAGCGAUUCUCCCAUAAGAACUAUAUCGUCGCAAAUCAAAGGUGAUUGUUGUACUUGCCAUCGAUGUUAAUACCGUAUCCUUUCCAGUCCAGUAACUUGAAAACAUCCUCCAAUGCAGCGGUGAAGAGUUUCGGGGAUAUAACGUCACCCUGCCUUACACCUCUCUGCAAUUGGAUAGGUUUCGUACUCUGGUUCUGUACUCGGAUAGCCAUCGAAGAUUCAACGAUGGUUGCCCUACUGUACAAACACUUUAGCACUUCGAUAUACCGACAGUCAACUUAGCACCGCUGAAGGGCCUGUAGCACCGCCCAAAUUUCGACGGAAAGGAAGGCUUUCUCAUAGUCCACAUACGCCAGACAUAGUGGCAAAUUGUACUCCUCGACCUUCUGUUUAAUUUUCUGAAGGGUAUGUAAGGUAUGUAAGGGUCUAUGGUGCUAAAGCCUUUUCGGAAACCGGCUUGUUCGGGAGACUGGAAGUCGUCGAGUCUGCAUGCGAGACGAUUCGUAAUGACUCUUGAAAACAGCACGUACACGCGGCUAAGAAGGGAAAUCGGUCUAUACUUCUUCAAGAGAGCGUUGUCGCCUUUCUUUAAUAACAAGACCGCCGCACUUCUGCUCCAAGCCUUCAGUGUAGUGCUACCAUGGAGGACGGAAUUAAAGAGCUCCUGAAGGACUUCAAAUACCAGUUUUCUACUUGCUUUCAGAAGCUCCGCUGUAAAUCCGUCCUUGCACGGGGAUUUACCGUUUUAAAGAUGCUGGAGAGCCAUUCUAAUUUCGCUCAGACUGACGUCGGGAAUAUCAUCGGAAUAGUGUCAGAUAAGACUUGCUCUUGGAUCGUUACUCACACUUGCGUGUGGCUCCAACGAUGAUGUAUACAGCUGUCCAUAGAACCUCUCAAUCUCACUCAAAAAUCUCAGGUGUUUCGGAAACAAUGCUGCCACACUCUGUCUUCAGCUUCGACAGUUGGCUUUUUCUGGCAGACAGAUUUCUGGCAAAGACUUUAGAGCUCUGAUUCCGCUUAAUCGCUUCUUCAAUACGACCUGAGUAUAGCUCGUAUUGAAGAAGCACUUACGCAACGCAACUUCAACUACAGGUUGCGUAAGUCUCGCCGCAUGUAUUUGGAAUUCUGUCUGUUCAGUUGCCUAUAUUCUGUAAAAUCUGCUGAAGACUGCAGCUUCAUUUCCCGUCUAGCAGCCAUGAGAUUGAGAGUUUGAUCUGAGAGUGUUUGUGUUCUGUUACGGCGGGUCUUGUAGAACUUAGCUCCGACCACAUGGACAUAUUCCACGAGCUUGUCAUUCAUAUCGUCCACUACCUUGAAAUCUUCUAGGCAUUGAAAUCGAUUAUGUAACUGAAGCUGAAAGUUUUCGGGACUUUGGAUUAGAGCACAAGGAGGACGGAGGGUUGACUUCAUUAGACGUAACCUCUCCGACUUAACGUUUAGGUUCAGUGUGCCUGUCACCAUUCGGUAAUCUCUGUCGGUUUUCACUCUUACGAUCAAUGAGACAUCACUGAAAAGUUGUCGUCUAGUCGUCAUAAUGAAGUUAAUCUAAUUUUUUGUUGAACUGCCGGGGCUCGACUAGGUCCACCCUGUGGGGCCGCUUCUGGAAAAAAGAGCUCAUUAUAAAGAGUCCCUCUUUCUCCAUGAAGUCGGCCAGCUGUUGGUCCCUUGGUUUCCGUUGCCCUAUUCCAAAUUUCCCUACCUUCAGCUCACCGUUCUCUCUUGUGCCUAGUUUUGUGUUGAAGUCUGCCAUUAACACCGUAUAGUGGGUUUUGGAGGAAUGCAUGGCUAUAGAUAUUUCCUCCACCUAAUCGGGAUGUGCCGAGGUUGGUGCGUAAACCUAUAUGACCUUUAGCGAAUACCGUUUGGUAAUUGUGAGUAUAGGGUACGUAACCCUCUUCAACACACUCCCAAUCUUUACAAAGUUGCUAACGAGAGACUUGUGGUCGAUAAAUCCGACAUCUCUUUGGGACAGAUGGUCGUCCUCCUGGUGAUAGAACAAGAUGCCGGAUUCAAUGAUUACCGUAACUUCCCCCUGUCUUCGAACCUAGAAUAGUUCUAAAAUAUUCCGGCGUAACUUGUCCAUCUGUUCUUCUAGCUCCAGGAUCUUCUCGUCGGUCCUCAGGGUGCGAGGUUGAGUCCUCUUAGGUGGUAACCGCAAUUAAUGCAUAACGUAUAAAUAUUGGUUAUAGAUAAAUUAUCUAACAUCGUAAGAUAUCUAGACAUUACAUUAUUAUGAUCUUAAGUAUAAAUAUUGUUUUUUGUAUUCAGACUCGAAUCAUUGCAAAAAGAACUUUUAUCAGGUACCGUACCGUCAUUAUUGUAAUUUAAUUUAUAUCUUAUUUCACUUCUUUUCUUGUGCCUCAAAAGCAGUCUUCAGUUAUAAAAAAUAUACAAGAAAGACGUUUAUUUCAUUGUUUCUGCUAGAAAUAUCGGUGAUGAUUUGAAUAAGAUAUGGUUUUUUGUUUUAUUAUUUAUCCAUUCAAUAUAGCACAACCGCAUUUGUUCUUUAUUACCGCACACAAAACUACCGCACGACAAUAGUCACCUUUUUAUUAUUCGGAAAGUAAGCAAGUGACCAUAAAGAUAUGUUACCAUCCUGAGAAUUUCUGUAAAACCUACAUAAGGUACAAAACGUAUAUAUUAUAAAUUAAGUUAUUUUCUGCUAUUCAUAAAUUUUUUGAUAUUAUGUAUAGAGAACCGGAGCCCCUUAUUACUGGAAACGACGCAUUCAAUUUUUUUCAUAUUAGCCAUCCUCAGUGGCGACAACGAAUUCUGCAGUUUGAUACUUAAUUGACAGUAGAUGUAGAUUUAGAUAGUGGGCUCAUUUGCCAGCCUUAUUCUAUAAAAAAAUUCAUACAUUAUCAUACAUUUUCUCAGGAAUCAUUUCAUUACUUAUAACCACUCUUAAAAUGUAUUUCAGUUGACAUUCAUCAAGAAGCAAUAAGCAAAUUCUAUAAUAAAUCUUAAAAUAUCGUGAGCUACUUAAGUAGUCCUAUCUAAUAGUUGUAGAAUUAUUAUUUAUUAUAAAUAAAAAAAUAUAUCUUAUAAUUAAAUUUGUUUUAUGUAAUUUUAUGUAAAAUAAAAAUUUACGG